AUGACAGAAACAAACCCAAUCACAGUUAGAAUCCAACCGAUCGACUCCACAAUGACAGACGAUGAUAUCCACGCUCUCUUUGAUAAAUAUUCUCCCGUCUCAUAUGACAAUCCACGAUAUGAAAAAGACACUCCAUUGAAUUACUGUAUAAUCACAAUGGGAGAUAAGGAAGCAGCUGACACUCUCAUUAAAGAGAAGAAUGGGAGUGAAUGGGAUGGAGUCAAGAUCAAAAUGUAUGUUGAUAAAAAAGACCCAUCAAGAUUAACAGUGAACUUUUUAUAUGGGACACUGAAUAAGGAUGAGAAAGACGUCAAGAAGUAUUUGAAGGGAUAUAAAGUGAAGAGUGUCGAGAGAUUAAUUUCCAAAAAAGGGACAUUAAUGCGUAGCUAUUUACAUGUAGUUCUUAAAGAUUUGGAGUCAGCAAUACAAAUGAAAAAGGACUUUGAAACCAGAGAAGAGACAAAGAAAUACGAGUUGCAGUUUAUUACUAAAACAGGUGAACAUAUCAAUCAAUGUUUUAUAUGUGGGAAAUAUGGACAUAAGAAAGCUGAUUGCCCUGAAAAAGGUAAACAUGCUCCAGUCAUAAAAACACGAGACAUGAAAAUUGCCGAACAAAAACAUAAAAAAUACGUUUUAAAGAAAAAGGAACAGAACAAAAAUAAGAAAGGAAUAAAACGAGAAAAGCAAAACACAAAGGAGUGA